UGAACGGGAAUUUCCGAAAUAUGAAGGGUAUUUUCGUUGACCUGAUCCUGCCCAGGUAAAGGAAGAUGCAGUGACUUCAGAACAGAGAAAACACUCUUUUGUUUCUGUAUUAUUCAGGUUCCUGUUAUUAUACCAGCCAUUACACCUAUACAUUUUCUUCCAAUAAAUUGAACAAUGGGGGACACGCUUCAAGAAGACGCCAUAGUUCUACCUCGUCCAGAAUUGCGGGAGGCUGUAAUGAUUGUUGAUAACGAACUGCACGAUGACGAUGUUAAGACACUUAAGUUUCUUUGUCAGAAUCUGGUGCCAGGAAACAAGGUGAACCGUGUGAAAACUGCUCAUGAGCUGAUGGACUUACUGGAAAGUAGGAAUCUUUUGAGUUCUGUGAACUAUGACCUCAUACCUGACUUGCUUCAGUGUAUUGGGAGGAUUGAUAUUGUAGAAUCACUUGGGUAUGAUGAAGAAGAAGUUUUGACAAAUAGGGAUCGUGGUUUGUGCCAAAUAAACCCUUUUUACAUUCUUUUGUGCACAAUUUCUAAUGACCUGAGUGAUGAAGACGUGAAGAAAAUGGCAUUCUUAUAUGGCAAGAUUCCCCGAUCACAGGCACUGUCUUCUGGUCUUGAUGUAUUCACAACAAUGAUCCAUCAUAAGACAGCUGGACCUGACAACAUACAGGCUCUAAAAGACAUUUUCAUGUCCAUCCAGAGGAAUGACUUAGUUACUAAACUUGAAAAUUAUUCAGCUUCAGGAGGAGCAUCUGUAUUUAAGGAUUUGAAAAAAAUCUUCCUACAGUCUAGGACAAACAUCACAUCGUUUAGGUUCAGUCUGCCUGUAGAAGCCAAUAGUUCACCUAGAAAUACUAAUAUUGUAUGUGAUCCAGAAGAGACAACUGUCACUCAGCUUACACCAGGGAAUGUAGGUGGUGAACCAGUGGCUCCACCUUCUCAUUGUCCUGCUGCUAAAAUAGCUGAUGCAGCAAGAGCAGAUAAUCAGGCAGAGGACAGACAGGCACUGCAAGAUGCACUGGACAUAGAGAUUGUUCCAGAGAAGAUAAAGGAAGUGCUGGCAAAGGAAAUUCCAGAUGAAUACUGGGUUGAGAUCAGCAACCAUCUUUGUGUGCCUCUGAGAGAAACUGGACAUAGUCCAAAAGGAGACCUCAACAUCAACAUUCAGACUCUUGGUUUGGAUUCAUGGGAGGUCUCCAUGCAAGAGUCAGUUUACAGCCACAAUGAAGCCUCCAGUGCAGCUUCUGCAAAAUACAUGUCAGUGGAAACUGUCUCACAAAGUGCAUCAGAGAUUGGUCAAAUCACUAACAAUGUGCAACGGAUGAGCCUUCAAUCACAGAAUCCAGUUCCUAUCUACAAGAUGACAUCCAUGCCACGAGGAAUAUGUCUUAUCAUAAACAACAGAAAUUUCUACAAAGACGGACAAAGGCGUUCCAAAGAAAUGCCAGUAAGAGAAGGAACAGAAAUUGACAAGGAAAAGCUGAUGAGAACAUUUGGCAACCUGGGUUUUAUUGUGCAACCGCAUGAUGAUGUGACAGACACAGGCAUGCUACAAGUCAUCAGCCAAAUGGCUCUGGAGGAUCACACAAGUUAUGAUUGCUUUGUUUGCUGCAUUCUUACUCAUGGCCUCCAAGGAGAACUGUAUGGUGUGAAUGGCAUAACUGUCCCUAUCAAGGAUCUGACAGGACCUAUGCGUGCACAAAGUUGCCCUACCUUGUCUGGCAAACCAAAACUGUUCUUCCUUCAGGCUUGUCAAGGUCGUGACAAGCAGCCAGGUUACCCUGACAUACAGACAGAUGCACCCAUUGCCACAGAUAGUCCACAAGAGAUAAUCCCCAAUGAGGCAGACUUUCUUCUAGGCUAUGCCACUGUUCCUGGUUAUGUGUCCUACCGCAGCAAGACACGAGGAUCGUGGUAUAUUACAAAGCUCACAGAGCUUUUGUCCAGGCAUGCUUACGAACAUGAUAUCCUUGACAUCCUGACACUUGUCAAUUAUGAGGUUGGGCGAGGAGAUGCCAAGAUGGAAGAUGGAAUGUUCAAACAGUCUCCAGCACCAAUGUAUUCACUGAGGAAAAAACUCCUCUUUACUCAACUUAGCAACUGAUGACAGCAUAUGGAAUUAGUAUGGUCAUUACAGUGCUGAACUCUUUGAAAUAACUUGAAUGAUGACUUCAUGCAUGUAGAAGGCUGUGUGUAUAUAUAUAUAGAGAGUAUUUAAGUUUGUAAUCUGACAUUGUUUAUAUUGGUGGUAAAUAUUAAUCACAAAAUUAUGUUUACCAGUUAAUAUUUUACCUAGGAUUGACUUGAUUUAUAAACUACAGGCAGUCCUCGGGUUAUGUCAGUCCCGAGUGGUUACGACACAUCUCCCAUUUAUUGUAUAAAGCCUUGUUUCGACCUUAGUGGUUUUGCGUCAUAAACAUUGUAACCCGAACUUCGUGUUUCAUUUCAUUAUAAAAUGUAUUUUAUAUGUGUUUUUUGAUAAUUAUGGUGUUAAAUAGGAUAAGUGCUUACAGUAUGUUAUUUACGUACAGUAUGUAUGUAUGUUCUGACUUACAGCGAAAAUCGGUUUACAAUGCGACGUAGAAACAGAACAGCGUCGUAAGUCGAGGACUGCCUAUAAUAUACAUUAACUAUAUAUAUUGAUUGUAUUGAAGAUUUCAAAAGACAAGCCCACGACUAUAGAUACUGCACAUAUGGAUGUCCAUCUUUUGUUAACAGUAGAGAAAAUCUGCCAAUGAACUCUUCUGACUUUUGCACAUUUAAUGCCAUAAAUAUAUCAUUGUUAAGAGACAGUAAAUGAGCUUUUUACAAUCUGCAAAGAAUGUGAAUUUCUUCUUUGUUCCUCAUAAUUAGAUACAGCUGAAAAAGCAUGAGCAGAGGUGAUCGUUUAUAAAUUUAUGUGUUUUAUGUACUUGCACACCACUCGCCACUUGGGCGAACUUUUAUCAGCUGCUGUCUCUGUUCGGUCAACCCUGGCAACCAGUCAAGGGAGUAAAUUUCAUCAGAGAUCUGUUUUUACCUCAUAAAUUUUUUUUUUAAAAAGAGAAAAGCAAUUAGGGGCUUGUUUUGAGCAUUUGCUAACUGAAUCUCUCCAUCCACACACCUUGAUUUGCUGAUAUAAGUGUAGAGGGCUGGAUGUCAUUUGGGAAAUUCCUUGAGCAAAUGACAUAAGGUGCGACAUCAAAAUAAGGUGACGACAAACGGAGGACAUAAAAGAAAUUGGAAGAGAGCAGAUGACAGCGUGUCAGAGAAGGAGCAUGGAUGUGUGGCGCAGCUGUGGCCAUUGUUCAAGCCCGUGCAUUAAAGGGUUGUGCAUCUGC